AUGGCCGAUGGACGAAACGAAGCGCGCGCGUUACGCAUUCUGGAGAUCAUGAAUGACUUUCGCACCCUACAAAUCCAUAUCAAUUCCUUGAUCACAAGGAACGAGGCGAACCCGCCAGAUGAUCUAUCGUACUAUCUGGACGGCUACAUGGUGCUGAGGCAGUGCGCGGCCGAGUGUCAAGCCAUUCUGGCAACGCAUUACAAUCCGGGCAAUAUCGGCCUUCAAUCCGGGCAUGUCGCCGAAACAGAGGUUCAGAAGGCGACAUUACAAAGAAUCAUCCUGGACGCCUCUACGAGAAGAUUCCAAGCACAUAAGAUAUACCUUCGGGCGGCCGCUGCCAUGCGAUGGGUGCGGAUGCGAUCUCAAUUGCUACGAGGAGAGAAACCUGGUGCAAGGCACAUGAGUUCACUGCGUACAAUUGACCAAAGGCUCCACGAGGAACUCAAUCAGAUCACCGACCAAUACGUGGUUAACGACUUGCGCAACGCCGACCGUCGCAAAGGAUACUGGCUCGACGAAGAUCCUACUCUGGACCGAAUGCUGGCAUGGAUUCGUAUGCAGCGAUGA